GCUUCACACAAAUCUCGAAGCCGACACGAAUCAAGUCCCAAAAUCAAGUGUAUAGAUGUCGCAGUUGAUCACUCGUCGUCGCAGUGUGACCAAUGCGUCUCCCGCAUUAUCAGCAUCUACUGCUCCACCCAUGAGUGCUCCAUUGAUUCAAGAGCCUACACCCCUUGCUGAGGCUACUUCUACGGCGUCUCAGGUGCCCGUCUCAUCGACGUCAUCAGUGUCGGUUCAGCCGCUCAGUGUACGGCGGCCUCACCGGCGCCACCGCGAGCCAGAGCCUUCUGAUCACACUUCCUCGGCAUCCAGAGUCGAGGGUGAGGCCUCCCAGCCAGCUAAAAAAAACACCAGGGGGCCUAGUCGAAUGUUGAAGCAGAAACAAAACGUACGUAAGACCGCCUCCAAGAUUAAGAUUGUGUAUGACUUGCGACAUCGUGGAGCGGCUACCUCACAGCAGCAUAGCUUCAUCGCUAGUAGCUGUGGUGUUGUUAUUCGAGACAAUUGUCCUUUUCAGUGGGAGUCUUGGGAAGAAAUUCCCGAGGACACAAAGGAACUGGUGCGACACGAGUUGUCGAAGAAAUCUGUUGCUGGCCAGAAAGCUCGGGAGUCAAAGAUACUUCUCCACCAUUCUGGUUCGAAGCCCUUUUCGUAUAGGCUUGAGGAACGACGUCAGGAGGGUUCUAAGUUCCCAGAGAUCGACAUGUUCAAGGACGUUUACGUUCGCCCUGGUAAUGAAACCGCUGAGCAGUUUUAUGAUACUAUGGUGGAAAAGAGCACUGCUGUUCUCCAAGAAGCAGCAUCGCAGCUUCCCCCAGAGACUUCGAUCGAGGAGGUCAUGGUACCAGAGGAUGUAGGUUUUCAGAUCAUGACUGAAGUCCUGGAUCAGAACCUUGGUCGUCAUGGCCAAGUUGUUCGGGGUAUGGGGAAAUCACGAGUUCGUCAGACGGGUGCCUCUUCUUCCAGAUCGAACACAGCAGAGGUUGAUGCAUUGAUGGAGGAAGUGACAACCUUAAAGGGUAAGCUUGCGAUGCAGGAAGAGCAUAUGAGGGAGCAGAUGAGGGCCCAAGGCGAGCAGAUGAGGGAGCAGAUGAGGGCCCAAAGCGAUCAGAUGAGGGAGCAGAUGAGGGCCCAGGACGAUCAGAUGAAAGCGCAGCUGAGGGCCCAGAACGAGGAGGUGAGGACCUAUGCUGAGACGGUGAGAGACCUUGUACGAGCCAUACAGACGGCUGGCCUACAAGUCUCGCUACCAGUACCUCAUCUUGAUCCACCUUCGACCUCAGCGCCACCUCACCCUCCCGAUACUCAGUAGCUUGAUGUUUUAUACCUAGUUCACUUGUAGUUUUUUCUUUUUUGUUUGGACAUCCUCUAUGUACAUUUUUAUAUAUUUUAUAAUUAAAUACUUUU